AUGGCGAUCAACAAGGUACCAUCUCAUCAACCGCCCAAUUCAAAUUCAACACUUCUAAUUCUUAUCCAGGUGAUUAUAGUAGGCACAGGACCAUCUGGUCUGAUUCUCGGCCUCUUGCUAGCAAGGAAGGGUAUCCAAGUUGAACUGUUCGAUGAAAGAAACGAAUUGAACGACCAGCCACGUGCAGCGCACUAUGGAUCACCUGCCAUAUACGAGUUAUCCCGCGCAGGAGUCUUGGAUGAUCUCAAAGCGGCGGGACUCUGCCCCAAAGCUUUCGUCUGGAGAAAACCCGACACUAGCUUGAUCGGGGGUAUCAAUUUCGCAGCUUUACCCGAGGACUACCCAUACAGAAUGCAGGUCCUCCCAUUGGACCAAUUGGGCCAGAUUCUAUACGCUCAUCUCCAACGCCAACCAACCGCAAGUGUUAAUUGGGGUCAUCGAGUUGUCAAGGUCAACCAAGAAUUCAAUAAGGCGUGGAUUGAUGUCGAAACAUCGACUGGCGUGCAUCGAGCGGAAGCAGACUAUGUUGUUGGCUGUGAUGGGGCGAGCAGCAUAGUUCGCCGCCAGCUUUUUGGACCGGAGUAUCCCGGUGAAACUUUGGAUGCUCAAAUCGUUGCUACAAAUGUCUACUACGACUUUGAUCGCUUUGGUUUUACAGAAGCGAAUUUCAUCAUUCAUCCCACGAAUUACUACCUUGCUGCCCGGAUCACGAAAGAUGGUAUGUAUCGUGUAUCGUACGCCGACACUACUGGUCUUAGUAGAGACGAAUACAUCGCGCGUCAACCACAGCGAUACGAGGAGAUUUUGCCUGGAAACCCCAAGCCUGAAGACUACCGGAUCACCAACGUCUCUCCCUAUAAACUCCAGCAACGGUGUGCGCCUAGUUUCCGAGUUGGGAGGGUCCUCCUUGCAGCUGAUGCAGCGCAUGUUUGCAACCCCUUCGGCGGACUUGGACUGACAGGUGGCAUUGUGGACGUGGGGAAUCUUUUCGAUGCAUUCAUUGGCAUCCAUGAAGGACUGGCAGAUGAAGAGAUUCUGGACCGAUACAGCGAAGAGCGCCGGCGCAUAUGGAAGGAGGUUAUAGAUCCCAUGUCGAGAGAGAAUUUCCGGAGAAUGUGGGACCAAGAUGCCGAUACCGCGCGUGAGACCGAUGAGUUCUUCCGGCUGUGUGCGCAUUCCGAAAAGGAUGAUAAUCUUGCUCAACAAUUGGCUUUGGUGAGUUUAAUUUCUACUGUCUAG